CGGAACCGUGAAGCUGAGGGACCGGGCGGCGGACGGUGUUCAGCAGCGGAUCCGAAGCCAGGAGCAGGCCAAUGCCAGGAUGCCAAAACUUCAUGGGUUUGAUUUCUGGAAGACCACGCUGAACAGUGCUCGAUAUGUGGUUGCUCCCAUGGUGGAUCAAAGUGAGCUUGCAUGGAGGUUACUCAGUCGUCGACAUGGUGCCCACCUUUGUUACACUCCCAUGCUUCAUGCCCAGGUAUUUGUCCGGGAUGCAAACUACAGGAAGGAGAACUUGUAUAACGAGGUGAAUGCAGAGGAUCGACCAUUAGUUGUUCAGUUCUGUGCAAAUGAUCCAGAAGUGUUUGUCCAAGCCUGUCUGCUAGCUCAGGAUUACUGCAAUGCCAUUGAUUUGAACUUGGGUUGUCCACAGAUGAUUGCAAAACGAGGGCACUAUGGAGCAUUUCUGCAGGAAGAAUGGGACCUACUACACAAAAUGCUUUCUGAGGCACAUAAAAGAAUCUCUGUUCCUAUCACAUGCAAAAUCCGGGUUUUCCCAGAAAUCAGUAAAACUGUGCAAUAUGCAAAGAUGUUGGAGAAAGCAGGUUGCCAGCUAUUAACUGUUCACGGUCGUACCAAAGAACAAAAGGGGCCUCUGACAGGUGUAGCUGACUGGGAACACAUAAAAGCUGUGAGGAAAGAAGUUAACAUCCCUGUGUUUGCCAAUGGCAACAUCCAGUAUUUGAGCGAUGUAGAGCGGUGCAUUCAGGAAACGGAGGUGCAAGGUGUAAUGAGUGCAGAAGGCAAUCUUCAUAAUCCAGCCCUUUUUGAAGGACGCAAGCCACCUGUAUGGGAGAUGGCAGAAGAGUAUUUGGAGAUUGUCAACCAAUAUCCUUGUCCACUUUCAUUUGUUAGAGCUCAUCUCUUCAAACUCUGGCAUCACACGUUGCAGGUGUACCAUGAAUUAAGGGAAGAAUUGGCAAAGGUGAAGACACUGGAAGCCAUCGUACAGGUCAACAAAGAACUGAAACGGAAGUGCUUGGCUGAAAUAUCUAAUUGGAAUGAAGAAGAGGCAAGGGAAAGCGAGUUGCCUCUCCCUCACUGGAUUUGUCAACCAUAUGUCCGACCUGGACCCAAGGAUGUUAAUUCUGUGAAUGGAGAAAAGCAUACACGUAGGAAAUCAUGUGGAAAAAGAGCCCUGGAAGAGGAGGAGGGGAAUCUUGAAUUCCUCUCAAAGAAUAAACAGAAAAAGAAAGCCCGAAACCCAAACAAAAGUUUUGAUACCUCAGUGAAACCUAAAUAUGUGAAAUGUGAACAGUGUGGAAACCCAAAGGGGACUAAAUGCAUCUUCAACUUGUGCCGUGGGUGCUGCAAGAAAAAAGCUUUCAAAGAGCUGGCUGAUUGCACAGGUCAUGGAUUACUCUUCAAAACUAAACAUGAAAAGAGAUUGAAAUGGAAAUUAUUGGAAGAAGGAAUACUGGAGAAUGGAGACAAAAUUCAUGAGCAUUUGGAUCAAUGAAGAAAUCAUUCUCAACAAAUGAUUGGGUGAUGUUUCAAAUGCACACCCAAUUAUAUUCACACGCAUGCACACACACUUAUACAUGAACACAGACACACUCAAAUAUAGGUAUUUAUCCACAGGGCUCAAGGUGACAUUUCUUUGGUUAAGUGUUAGUUAUUUUUUGAAUUCCACUCAGAAGUAUUCCAAUCAAUUGGCAAUAUUUUACUAGUUAUGAUUACAGCCCAGUAUUUUCAUAUAAGAAUUGGCUUAUUUUGGCACCUUGGUGGCCCACGCUGAUUUUAAUGUAUGACUUAUAUUGUAGUGCUGACAUUUAUCCAUGGUAGCAUAAUCACAAACAAAAAUAUGCUUUCCAUGACAACAUUAAAUGUCCUCUUUCUCUGAAUACAGAAGGUACACCAUUCGAUCAGUAUUUAGUAAGGAGUAUACGAGAAUGAUAAAGGGGAAAAGGUAAUUACAAAUGCAGAUAGCACAAAUCUGGUAAAAGUUAAAAAUUGCACGACACCUGGUUAUAGUCCCGGUUGUGUGGUUUUUGACUUUGUCCACCCCAAACCAGUCCAACACCGGCACCUCCACAUCCUGGUAAAAGUUGUAAAUUUCUCCCAGGUCCUACUGCCUCAUAGAUUUCAUUUGAUUAUCUUGAAUGUUUUACAGCGAGGAAGGGAUUUUAAUACAUGUAUUUUAUAAACAAUGUUCGCCACAAAAAAAAUUGUAAAACAAAGUAGACCCAAAAGCAUUUUUUUAAAAAGUAGUCAAUUCUAAUAUUCUCUUAUUUUUGCCUUUGGAGCUUCAGUCCUGCAAAGAGUUGUCAGUGCUUACACUGUGAGACACCCACACUGCUUUUAGAAAUUGUAUUAAUCUCUAUUUUGCUGAGUACAUACGAUUGUGUGUACCAAAUUUACUGACCUGAGAAAAAGCUACUUAGGAACCUUAUCAAAAUUACGGUACUGAAUGGAAGUAUGAAUGUUUGAAUCCAAUGGUUGUUUUUCCUCACCUUUGCACAUGGAAAGUGAAAUACUGAGACAGGUUCAUGAAUUGCCUUGGUCACAAUAAUGGAAAGAUUAUUUGUCAACAAUCUGCUAAAUUUUACUGGUGAACUUUAAAGGAUCAAAUUUGAAAUUUGUGGUUGCUUCAAUAUGCAACAAAGAAAUGCAAAUGUCUUUUAAAACUAAGUAUGCAGCAUUAAAUUAUUCUGAAUUCAUUUACCGUUACAGCAAUUAGAGUAAUCUGUAAAGCAUAUGCAAUCAUUUCAAAUAAAAUAAACUUUAAUGUAUUUAAUAGAUGACAGCUGAGUGAAUUAAUGACUCCCCGUAAUAAUAUGUAUGGUUGAGGGAAAUUAACAUAGUUUACCCUUUAAGAAUGUCUCCUUGCUAUAUUCUGAUUUUUGUUUUAAUUAAAUUAUAUUUGAUUCACAAGUGAAUAACAUUGCUAGUCAUGGCAUCAAAUUGGGUCAAUACUUCCCUGUGCUGGAACUAACUUCUGUUUAACUGCAAUUUAGUGCAUGCUGAUUAGCUCAUUUUUAUCCAGUUGCCUGUUAAGUAUUAAGUGCAGCAUCAGUGUUAGGGAACAGUAAAGCAAUCAUGUAGUUUCAUUGCAUUGGUAAUACAGGUACUCCUAUUACUAGCCAUAACACUCAAUGGUCUGCAGUGGUUUGUUCUUUACUAUUAAAUAAUAACUAGCAGUGUAGAAAUGCAUAAUGUUCUCGAUAGAAGCAAUAUGCUCACAAAUUCUUGGAGGAUGAAAUUGGCCAAUGAUAGUCAUGCAAAACCCACUAAUAGUGAAUUAGAAAAUAAAAUUGAGUAACCAUUUUGCUUCCACCUAUUUUGCAUUUUCACUAUUGAUCACUUGCCACUGAAUUCCCAAACCCUCACCCAAAAAAACCCAGAAAUUUCCCACUCCCCACUAAAUUAUUCAUUGUGUCCUGGCCC